AUGUACGCAAUUCUCGCUCUGCUCUUGCUCCCAUUCGGUGCCUACUGCCAGGACGUUAAGGAUACUCUCGUCGAGAAAUGCGGCAUAGACCCUUGCGAGGGAGUCCCCAGCACGGGUUCCACAGACUCAUUGUGCAACAAUAAGUUCCUAGGACCCAGUGUCCUUACUGCGGCGAACGACGAUGAAUGGUCCAGUCUAUUCGAGGGAUAUAGUCCCCUUGGAACGUACUGUCCGAAGGCCUUCCUUGAUAAAUUCGCCCCGAGCGGCAAUAAAUAUAUCUACCCGGAAAUGGACGGCGCACUGUUAGACACCGAAGGCAAGCCGGUCACAACGACCUACACUCUCCCGGAAGGAAUGGAGCUCGAUCGGUUUGGAUCGAAAUACGGAGGGUACCUGGCGCCGAGAGAUACCCCGUUCUCGUGGCGAUCUAUCCCCCCGAGUAACUUGAACAAAUAUCCCGAUAGUCCGCAGUAUAACUACUGGGUGUGGGUGGUCAAGGAAAGCUUCAACAUCACGGGUGGGCCGAUUGCGCCCUGGUUUGGGCAAAAUGGCUACGGCUUGCAGUUCCAUCAGGAAAGUGGUUUGAAGCAACUCGAAGGGAGAUAUCUAGAACUGGUCGCGAAGAAGAAAUGUGUUGUAUAA